GAGUUCUCGGUCCACCGAAGCCGAGCUUCCCAAACUUUCCGUGCCAAGGCUUCCUGUUAAAGCCUCUGUUAUAUGCAAGCGAACAGUCGAAGCCGAUGGAGGGAGACGCGUAAAAUGUGAAAUAUAAAAAAACUAUGGUACUGAUGACCGAGCAGGCGGACAGACCUCUGACUCCGUUAUCCACACCGGAGCAACUUUUCAACAAGGACUCCCGAGGGAAUCGCUUGACGUCUGAAGCGGAGCAUGGAGGUGAGAGGAGACAGAGGAGGCGCGGAGGCUCACCUGCAGACCCUCUGUCGUGUUUGGAUUCAGAGACAGACCCCUCAGAGAGCAAAAGGAAACCAACUGGCAUGAGAUUGAAACCUGUGGAGCAGCUUUCUCCAAUGCUGAGUCCAAGUGACUGUGAAACAAAGUUUGAAAGGAAGAAAUCUCAGCCCAGUCAAUUAUCAAAGACAAACGCUCAGUAUCACAAGUUAUUCAAGGAGGUCAGCAAAGAUGAGUUACUCAGACAAAGUUACACUUGUGCCCUGCAGAAAGACAUUUUAUAUCAGGGCAAAAUGUUCGUCUCUGAUCACUGGAUCUGUUUCCACUCCAAAGUCUUUGGCAGAGACACAAAGAUUUCAAUACCAGUGUUGUCUGUGACAUUUAUCAAAAAAACUAAAACUGCAUUAUUAGUGCCAAACGCCCUCGUGAUUGAAACUACUUGUGACCAGCAUGUGUUUGUGUCCUUCCUCUCUCGAAACACCACCUACAAACUUCUGAAGACCGUCUGUGGUCAUCUGGAGGUGGAUAAGACUUGUAACAGCCCUGUUAUUUCCUCCUGUGAAACCAGCUUCAGAGUGAAAUGCCCAUCCUCACUUCCUCUGGACUUUUCUGCAGACUUCUCCGACCUGGACGGGGUUGUGCAGCAAAGACGUCAGGAGAUGAUGGAGAGCAGCAGCUCCGGCUCUCAAACUCCAGAUUAUGACAAAAUAAAUGACUUCACCAGCCUCCCUGACACAUUUCUAAGUGCAGUGAAGAGCGGAGAGGUUUCAGUCCACGCAGACAUUCACCUCCAGAGUCCAAGCCAAAAACACGGAGCUGCCCUCAAGAACGGGUCUACAAAGCUCAAAGACAAACCCUCGCAGCCCAUGUCGUUACAAGCCAUCCUCCUCAUCUAUUUGUUUUUAGUUAGUAUUCUUGUCUUGUCCUCCUGUUACAUGGCUUUCAAGAUUGUGGCUCUUGAGCAUCGUUUGAACUCCUUGGUGUCCAUGGGGGAACACAUUCGCAAUGAAAAUGCGGUGAGCCACAGGCCCCAGGAAGAAGUGAAUGCUGAGAUUUAUGGAGAACUUUCAACCAACUUGUUUAAGCUGGAAAAGAUCCAAAGAAGCCUCCGGAAGCUACUUGAAGAGACUUAAAAGAAGACUUAAAACAAGUCUGUCCAGACAGAAGCUUUACUUUUCUUAUUAGAAAUGUUGUUGUUUUUUAUCAGCAGUGAUCAGAUGUGGUAAUAGUUUUGUUGGAGGGCUCACAUAGAAAGCUUUCUUAAAACUGUCUGAACUUUAAAUUGUGCAAUAAUAGCUUCUUUCCUCUUUCCACUCAGGACUAUUUUCUCACUCUUUCUAAACUAAAUGUUGUGCUGGAGGUUAAACUAAAGCAGUGUGUUAGUGUUAGUGAAGUUUCAGCAUAUAUGCAGUGCAGUAUUUAUCUGAGAGCUUUUAUUUUGCAUAUCACAAUAGUGGAAUUUUCUUUAAAGGUCCAAAGGUCAUAUUUCAAUGUUUUCAAAACAUUUCUUUAAAAGGUCAACGUGUGCUGUUUUUAUGUUUUUUGUUAAAAUUAAAUUUUAGAUGAAUUUUAUUUAUGUUAUGUAGACAGGGAUAUGUGUACAAUAUCUGCUAAUGACAUAUAUUAAAAGGCAGCCUCUUGCAGUGUGUGGUGUUGGAAAAUAGAAAUGGGGCGGUCAGGGUUAUGUGAGGGGAGGUUUGCUAAGUGAAAAUUGAAAAGUUUAAUUAGUAUUUAUAUUGUAAAUUUGGCCCACUCCAGCUCAUUGAAGAGCCUCUCAGCUGGUCAUAAUUUAUAAAUCAUGUCCUGAACAUUUCUACGGAAACUUUGAUUUUUGUGUAUUUAAAGAGCUGUUAAUCAUUUCAGGGGCAACAGAAAAGAAUGAGCUCAUGUUUUAAGCUGUGGUGGUUUUUUUUACAUUCGGAUCACAGUCUGUGCCUUUACCUGUUGUGUGAAUCGCAGUCCUGAAAUAAAUGUCUCUCAUAUGGUUUCUAUUGAA